GCGAUCAGAACGUAUCAAGCCAUUGGAGUGCACUGUGAAUUUGUUGCGAUCAAAUAAGACAAUUAAGUGAAUAAAAUCAUGUCUGAGCUACAUUACACAUAUACAUUGGAAGAAAUCAAAUGCCACAAUGGUAAAAAUGGUGCUAAGACGUGGGUAGUGAUCCAUGAUAUGGUAUACGAUGUCAGUGAUUAUCUAAAAGACCAUCCCGGUGGUGAUGAAUUGAUAUUGGAUGUGGCAGGCCGUGAUUGUACAAAAGAUUUUGAUGAUUUUGGACAUUCCAGUGAUGCAAAGAAAAUUCUAGCUAAGCUUAAAGUUGGUGAACUUGUGGAGGACGAUAAACGAUCAAAUCGAAAGAAGGAAAUUGAAAAGGGGGAGAAAAAAGAAAAGAAUGACAAGAAUAAGAACGAUGAUGAAGUGGUUAAACGUCGCCGGAAAUUCAGAUUUUUCUUUUGCGCUUGAGCAAUGAAACAGUUGAUUGCAUUUCGUUUUAUGGAAUGCUUUCUUGUCUAUGCGAUAUUUCAUGGUGGUUACUAUUUAUUCAAAAGAAACUAUAUGAGAGCAAAUGUUAUGGUGUAUAAUAAAACAGUUUGUAUGUAAAUGAAA